AUGAGUUUAUUAUUUGUCCAAAUUAGCUCUCUAGGCCAUUCUAAAUGGUUCAUAUGCCCGAAUACGAUCACAAUAGCUACUUUAAAGAAGAGAUACGAACGAAGACUGGCACUCACCAAUCCCACUAUAAUAUUUUUAUAUGAUCCAAGCUCUAGAGGCAGCUCACACAUUAUCCCUGAUGAUAACAUGCAGCUAUCUGAGUUUCGUUAUGAGGGAAAUGUAUUGAGACUGUUUGUAUUAAUACGCUUUUCCAGCCGCAGCCUAAUUAAUAUUAAGUGCAAAACCAACUUUGGAUUGCCUUUUUCUAUUGAUGUUUAUCCUGAUCAUCAACUUCUACAGCUUCGUGAUCUUAUUUUUAAAAAAUUUCCUGAAUGGAAUGAUGUCGAUGACAUAGAGUUUAGAAAUUCUAAUGGAAGAAUCGAAGAUAUUAGUAAAAAGAUUAUUCAUAUUGCAUUAGAAUACAGAAAACUUGAACUCAAAGUUUGCUUGAUAAGCGAACCUAGAUACAUCCAAAAUCAUUCCUCUCGUGAGGCCAACAAAGAAAAAAUUAUGGAGCUUGAUAUCAACUGUGAGGUGAUCAAAUCGUGGGAAAAUGCUAAUUACAAAAACAGCUUUGAAGAAGCUCCAACUGAAGCCGUUUUAGAAAAUAUAGGGUCUGCUCCAGAAGAUCUUAUUGGUUAUCUAUGCUUGUAA